AUGGCGAAGGCCAAAAAAGGCCCCCCAGGAGGGGCGCAGAGACAUAUCCGGGCACGUCUAGAGUACCUCCACAAAGCGGCCGCAUAUCUGCAAGGCGCAGCGGUUUCUCCCAACCUGCCGACGACCGAGUCCUCUAGCAAUGAGCAAGAAGGGAAUCAGACCCUUCAAGCUUCGCCAUCAACGAAUCUACAGCCUUCUCAGACAAAUGCUCUCAAUCGCAAAAUAGCCAAGUCACCUCUUGUCCAUCUCUCGCAACAGUACAUAUCCCACAUGCGUGGAGUAUCCCUGAAGACCCAGCUCCGUUUGCCUAUUCCCGUGAAGAGGUCGUUCUGCAAACGCUGUGGGAUGAUCCUUACUUCGGGAGUGAACAGUGUCCAGGAGCUGAGAAACGAGAGCAAAAACUCCAAGAAACCGUGGGCGAAUGUUCUGGUCAUCCGCUGCAUGACAUGUGGGACAGAAAAGCGUUUCCCUCAGACGCCCAACCGCGGCAAGAAGCUUUCAGAGCGCCGAAAAGAAAAGGACACAGCGGCAGAAAGCUGA